UUGCCUGCUCGCAGUCUACCAUCUCCAGCAGCGGCAAUGAGGAUCCUGGUGUGCGUGUUGCUGUUUGGACUGGCUCUGGCCGAGGAGAAGCAAGUGGAAAAGCGUGGGCUGAUUGGCUCCCUGGGUAGCUAUGGCGGCGGUGGGUACGGAUCGACUAUCGACCACGGCAUCGGCGCCAGCAGCUACAGCAGCGGCGGGAUCAGUGGUGGAUACGGGGGUGGCUACGCUGGUGGUUAUGGAGGUGGCUUUGGAGGCGGCUAUGGAGGCGGCUAUGGAGGCGGCAUCGCCUCUGCUGUUGGAGGCGCUCGCGUUACCAACAUUGCCAUCACCAAGCAGGUCCCUGUCCCGUACCCAGUACCAGUGCAGCGUACUGUCCCAGUACCAGUCAGGGUUCCUGUCACGGUGCCAGUCAACAGGCCUGUGCCAGUGCCCGUCCCACAGCCGUACCCUGUCCCCGUGCAGAGGCCAGUCCCAGUACCCGUGAGUGUCCCUAGCCCAGUCCCCGUACCAGUACCACAGCCCGUCGUCGUCAACCAGCCGGUACCUGUCGUCGUGGGAGGCGGAGCUGGUGUCGGCGGAGGUCUCGGAGGUGGCUACGGCGGCGGCAUUGGUGGAGGCUACGGUGGAGGCUAUGGUGGAGGCUAUGGUGGUGCCAUCGGCGGUGGCUACGGUGGUGGCUACGCUGGGGGUAUCUCUGGAGGCUAUGGAGGCUACGGGAAAUACAGUUGGAUGCCCCACGAUUAUAGCUGCAAAGGUACUAGAUUUUCAUUGUCAGUCAAAGUGUGCGUGUUCUUGUGUGGCUUGGCUCUCGCUGAAGAGAAGCAGGUAGAGAAACGGGGGUUGAUUGGCUCCCUAGGUGGCUACGGAGGUGAUGGAUAUGGAAUAGGCGCCAGCAGCUACAGCAGUGGCGGGCUCAUCGGUGGUGGUUAUGGGGGCGGCUAUGGAGGCGGCUACGGAGGCGGCUUUGGAGGCGGCUAUGGAGGUGGUAUCAGCUCUACAGUUGGAGGUGCUCGAGUCACAAACAUUGCCAUCACCAAGCAGGUCCCUGUCCCGUACCCAGUACCAGUGCAGCGUACUGUCCCAGUACCAGUCAGGGUUCCUGUCACAGUACCAGUCAACAGGCCGGUACCAGUGCCCGUCCCACAGCCGUACCCUGUCCCCGUGCAGAGGCCAGUCCCAGUACCCGUGAAUGUCCCUAGCCCAGUCCCCGUACCAGUACCACAGCCCGUCGUCGUCAACCAGCCGGUACCUGUCGUCGUGGGAGGCGGAGCUGGUGUCGGCGGAGGUCUCGGAGGCGGCUACGGCGGCGGCAUUGGUGGAGGCUACGGUGGAGGCUACGGAGGAGCCAUCGGCGGUGGUUACAGCGGUGGCUACAGCGGUGGCUAUGGAGGUGGCAUCAGCUCUGCAGUUGGAGGUGGUCAAGUGACCAACAUUGCCAUCACCAAGCAGGUGCCCAUCCCGUACCCAGUACCAGUGCAGCGUACUGUCCCAGUACCAGUCAGGGUUCCUGUCACAGUGCCAGUCAACAGGCCGGUACCAGUGCCCGUCCCACAGCCGUACCCUGUCCCCGUGCAGAGGCCAGUCCCAGUACCCGUGAGCGUCCCUAGCCCAGUCCCCGUACCAGUACCACAGCCCGUCGUCGUCAACCAGCCGGUACCUGUCGUCGUGGGAGGAGGAGCUGGUGUCGGCGGAGGUCUCGGAGGCGGCUACGGCGGCGGCAUUGGUGGAGGCUACGGUGGAGGCUACGGUGGAGGCUACGGAGGAGCCAUCGGCGGUGGCUACAGCGGUGGUUACAGUGGUGGCUACGGCGGUGGCUACGGAGGUGGCUACUCUGGAGGCAUCGCUGGAGGCUAUGGAGGCUACGGGAAAUACAGCCACUAACAUCAGUAGCUGAACCCAACAUCUCAGACAAAACAUGCCACCAGAGAUUCAUUGUGUAGUUUUUACAGCCAUAUGUAACUGUAGCAUGAAAUAAAAAGAAUGUAUGAGAUA